CGCCGAGUAGUAUGUACACAAACCGGCACUGUCUACUGAUCGAGGAAAAAGGAAUCGGGAGUUUUCCUUCGAAGAGCAUUUACUAAGCAACAAUGGGUAUCCUUUCCAAUCCACAACAGCGACAGAAAAUCGUUGACAUCAUUGCCAAGUACAACAACGCGCUGUGUUUUGUCUGCUAUGUGGCUGGUGUGGCCUGGUUUCUGGCGCUCGCCUACCCUCCAAUGAGUGCCAGCAAUUACUUCUCAGAAAACGCUCUUUUGCCGGGUCUUGUGGAAAAUGAGUUUUUCUCCAGUGCUGACAUCAAAGCUAAUAUUGAUGACUAUAGAUCUCAACUCAAGAAAGAUAAAAGGAAGGUGCCGAGGGAGUGGGUAUACGAGAAGCUGCAAUCCUUGGGUCUCGACACCUACCUCCAUAACUACAGCAUCCGCUACCCCCUCGGGAUCACCAAGGAUAAGACCGUCCCUGGACAGAACGUGUAUGCUAUAUUGCGUGCGCCGCGGGCAGCCAGUAACGAGGCGUUGGUGAUGUCAUCACCCCUGAGAGCCAAGGAAUCUGACCUGACGCCUACAACAGGGGGAAUCGCUGUCAUGCUGGCGUUGGCUAAGUUCUUUAGGCAGAAGACUUACUGGGCCAAAGAUAUCAUUUUCCUGUUCACAGACCAUGAACAGAUAGGCAUCCAGGCCUGGUUAGACGGUUACCAUGACAUCAAAGCAGAUUAUAUACAGCCGGGUGAGUUGAUGGGACGCAGUGGUCAGAUCCAGGCUGCACUUAAUCUGGAGAUUCCAGCUGGAAACAUUCAAAACUUUAAUGUCAAGAUUGAAGGGCUCAAUGGCCAACUUCCAAAUCUUGACUUCUUCAACCUGGUGGUGAGGCUGUGUAAGAGAGAAGGUGUUGAUGUCACCCUUCACAAACAGGCUGAUCCCUACCUGUGGAACACAUUGGAAGGCUACCAGAGCUCUCUGAGUAACAUGAUGCAGAUGAUGUGGACACAAGCCAGUGGUAUCAGCUCCGGUAACCAUGGACUCUUCCUCAGGUACCACAUCGAGGCUCUCACUUUAGAGGGCGUCGCACCCAAGAAAGGUCAACCCCGAGGUCAUGAACGCUCCGGAAGGAUUAUUGAAGGAGUGUUUAGAAGUCUAAAUAAUCUGCUGGAACGAUUCCAUCAAUCUUUCUUCUUCUACAUUCUGCCAACGACUUCCACGUAUGUGUCCAUUGGUGUCUACAUGCCACCGUUUGGACUGAUCUGUGCUGCUGGCCUUAUCAAAGCUAUAGCCCUGUGGGUAGCACUGACAGCCCGCGACAACGAAAGUAAGGAAACAACCGAGGAGGCAGAGGAUGGAGACGGCAAAACCAAAGAGACAACGGAUGAGGAAAGCUCACAGGAGACGGAGGACGAUGAAUUGGCUAGUGGAGAUAACACCGCUAAAAAUGACAAGGAAAAGACAAAGAGCAAGACUGAGAAGGAGGCGGAGGAGCUGCUGAGGAGUCUCAAAGAAGGUCUAGGUGGGGAGGAGGGUUUGAAUGCUGAUAAACAACAGCAGUUACAGGACCUGCUGGAUGAUGCUGCGGAGUCCCCGACUGGGCUGUUGUCAAUCCUUCCGUUGAUCCUGAUUUCUGUGCUGAUGGGACUACUCUCUUACACGGGCCCGGAGUUUAUCACUAGUGUGGCGCCACCUAUCCGUAUGAAAAUUGACGAUGUGAUCACGUUUGGUCUGAUGGCGCUAUUCACAGCAUCCUUGUUGUUUCCACGAAUGGUGGGAAGGUUUGUAAGUUCUCCGUCGCUCUCCUGUGUGGGGACUAUUGGGCCACAUCACAUCGUACAUCCCACACAUAGCAGGUUGAUGAAUUUGAUCCAAAAAGCCGUUGUAUUACUGGUGUCUCCAGCUUCUAUGGUUCUGGCCGCAGCCAUGAUCUCGUGUGUAGGGGAGAAGUCGUCAUUCCUGGAGAUGAUGGGUUUGUCAUGGGACACAACCAAACAUGGCCUCCUUCUUACCAUCAUUGAUAACUACUUCUUCUCUAGUUGGAUGUAUCCGUUCUUUAGUCUCCUUGUCCUCCCCAACUGGCUGUUCUUCUGGGGCAUCGUACACUGUCAGCUGCCGAAACUUACAGUAUAACCACUACACACCUCACCGUCACUCAGUGUCCAUCUCUUGUGAUAUCUACACAUUUAUUUUUUGUGAAGAUACAUUGUUGAUUUUCUCUUGUUGAUACUUUGUUUUUGUAUAAGUGCAAGUAUUGAUUUAUUUUAGAGAAAAUGUAUUGGUGAUAUUUACACAUAAAACAUAGUUUUUUUAUACUGAUAUUCAGAAUGGUAAACAACACUUAAAUGUAAUUGUUUUUUUAUUAAUUUGUUGAAAUAUCAUGUUUGAAAAUUAAUUAUGCUAAAGCUUUGAGAUGCUUGAAUGGCAGGUUACAACAUCUAAAGAUUUUUGAUGAUUCAGAUUCUAGCACAGUUAAACCAGAGUAAUGGAGAAAAAUAUAUCGCCCAUCAAAAGUUGGUUUAACAAAUAUAUCAGUUAUCAUACUAAACAGCGUACCCCAUAAAUUGAACGUUUAAUCACUAUGGUCAUUAACUCAUUCACCCCUGAAAUUUCAUGAUGGACUAUUCCAACCUUUGAAUUGGAAGAGUUCAAAUGUGUCUUCAGGGGUGAAUGAGUUAAAGUGUAUGUAGUCUUCUGACUGAUGAUAAAGAUCAGAAUUCAUCAAAAAAAUAUCAUGAUUUGCCCCCAAAAUAUCACAAAAAGUAGGAAUAACUGGACAAAAACAUCAUGCAGAAAUUCAUACAUGAUGGUUCAAUUUUUUUAGGCAUAGAACUAUUUCCGUGCUUGCAUAGGUCAUUCAGUUUAUUGUAUAAUGAGAGGCAUAAGUCUGAAGAUGUCUUUGUCGUGUCACCCAGUAGGAACUUGUCUACUUAUAACAAUAGCAAUGGAAAGGUUGAAAUGAUUUAGUGAUUUUUAGAGAGCUUGUGUAGUCAUCCUGACAUUGAAGCUUGUUAAAGUUGUGCUAGGAUUGUAAUAUUGAGAUUGAGGUUCCUGAGGAGUCAAACAUUGAUCUAGGAAGUCAGAGCAGAAAAAAUAUGUUACAUUUUUUUUCCAGAGUUGACCUCUUUUACGCCUCAGAUUUUAUAACAAAAAUCUCCACGUUAAAAUUUUAGUGGAAGUUAUGAAGUUCCCUUUAAAUAUAACAGUCAUUUUUUCUACUAGGAUUCUUAUAGUAGACAUGAUUGACCUAAGGGGUCAAACAGAGUUGCGCGAAAGUAAAAAAAAAAGAGGGUAUUUUUUUGGACUUAACUACGUAUCUUUUCAAAUAUUCUUUGAAUAGGUGAGUCACUGUUCGUGGACAGCUUUUGUUUUGUUGUUUUGUAUUCUUUGCUUAUAAAUUGUGCAAUAUAGAGCCGGAUCGUGUGUUAAAUCUGUAAUGUUACAAACUGGUUUGUAUUUAUAUAGCGUGAGUAUUUAAUUGGAAAUACUAUAAAUAAUGUGACAUCACUAAUACUAAGUGGACUGAUAUAGGGACCAUAUAGCAAGUCAAGACAAAGUCUCUUAUAUAGAGAUCUCUAGUAUAUUAAUGUACCUUAUAUAGAGCUCUCUAGUAUAUUAAUGUACCUUAUAUAGAGCUCUCUAGUAUAUUAAUGUACCUUAUAUAGAGAUCUCUAGUAUAUUAAUGUACCUUAUAUAGAGAUCUCUAGUAUAGUAAUGUAUCUUAUAUAGAGAUCUCUAGUAUAUUAUUGUACUGUAUAUAGAGAUCUCUA